AUUGUGUCUGAUUUUAUCUCUUUCUAUUAACGUCAACAUCACAACCUCAACUCACUGCAAACCACUAAUCUGCCAAUAAGCAAUAGCCACUGACAGCCGGAAAAUUCAAGUGACUGAAAAAUUUUUUGUAAGCCUUGUUUCAUCGAACGACCGAAAAGAGAAGAAUUCAGCAGAUUAGAAUAUAAUGGCAGCUCCGAUUGUUAUUACCGCAACGGCUAAACAUACAGCUACGUUAAUAUUUUUGCAUGGUUUAGGAGAUACUGGCCAAGGAUGGGCGAGUGCUAUGGCUGCUUUAAGACCUGCUCACGUAAAAGUUAUAUGCCCGACAGCCCCAACUAUGCCUGUUACUUUAAAUGCUGGAUUUCGCAUGCCUAGUUGGUUUGAUUUACGAACGCUUGACGCGUCAGGUCCAGAGGAUGAAGAAGGAAUUAAACAAGCAACCAAACAAAUUCAUUCAAUGAUUGAUAAUGAAAUCAAGGAUGGGAUUCCUGCCAAUCGAAUAGUCCUAGGUGGUUUUUCACAGGGUGGAGCGUUGGCGCUGUAUUCAGCACUGGUCUUUCCACAAACAUUAGCUGGAGUUGUUUCAUUGUCAGGUUGGUUACCAUUGCAUAAAAGUUUUCCUGGCGCAAUGAAAGUUGCAAAAGAACUACCUAUAUUGCAGUGCCAUGGUGAUUGUGAUCCUGUAGUUCCUUAUAAAUGGGGUCAAAUGACUGCUUCUCUUCUUAAAACUUUACUCAAAGAUCCAGAAUUUAAAUCAUAUAGAGGACUUAUGCAUACCUCUUCGGAUGAAGAACUGCGCGACAUUAAACACUUUAUUGAUAAGCAUCUUCCAACACAAUAAUCAAUAAUUGCAUUAAUAA